AUGCAUGAAAGCAACGCCCCAGAAGUUGUCAAUGGAACAGAGAAAGCAGAGUACGAUGUUCUCAUUAUUGGGGCGGGAAUGUCAGGCAUCUUCUCUAUUAUCCGCAUGAAAGAGCUUGGGCUACGAACGAAGGUGAUCGAGAGAGGGUCCGGCGCAGGUGGAGUUUGGUACUGGAAUCGCUAUCCUGGAGCGCGCUUCGAUUGUGAGAGCUAUAUAUACGGAUUUACCUUUGAUCAAAAGAUUCUGGACGGCUGGGACUGGAAGGAACACUUUUCGGCACAAAAAGACACAGAAGAAUAUAUCAACUACUUGGUUGAUCAGACUGGAAUUCAGGACGCCUUCCAAUUUAAUACGGAAAUCAAGUCAGCCCAUUGGCAAGAAUCUUCCAGAUUCUGGCUGCUGACAGAUACCACCGGGCAUACUUACACGUCUCGACUUUUGAUCAAUGCCCUCGGACCCUUGACUGCUCAUACCCUGCCAAAUAUCCCAGGUGUGAAUGACUUUAAAGGUCUAGCAUGCCACAGCUCACGAUGGCCAAAGGAAGAAGUGAGCUUUGAGGGCAAAAGGGUGGGCCUUAUUGGAACAGGGGCCACCGGCGUCCAGAUCGCUCAGGAGGUCGCAAAGACGGCGAAGCAUUUCACGAUAUUCCAACGCACUGCCAACUGGGCCGUUCCCAUGCACAACAAGGCUCUUUCGGCUGAAGAUAUGGCUGAUAUUCGAAGGAGGUACGCAGAGAUUCAUGCUGCCUGUAAAUCAAGUCCUCAGGGUUUUCAUUUCGGACCGGACCCACGCAAUACUUUUGACGUUCCGAAAGAAGAACGGGAAGCGUUCUGGGAAUCUCUAUACAGCCAACCUGGACUAGUUAAAUGGGUUGGAAACUUCAAGGAUCUUUAUCGAAACCAAGCGGCGAAUGAUGAAUACAGCGCGUGGGUGGCCAACAAAAUUCGGCAGCGCGUCAAUAAUCCCGCUACGGCCGAAAAGUUGAUUCCCAAGAGUCACGGAUUUGGCACGCGCAGAGUUUCUCUCGAGACGAAUUACUUCGAAAUCUACAAUCAGGAAAAUGUACGACUGAUUGAUCUCAAGGCGACUCCAAUAGAGAAAAUUACGGAGAAAGGGAUCAAGACCAGCGAGGAGGAUCUCGAGUUUGAUAUUUUGAUUUACGCCACUGGCUUUAACCCUGUCAUCGGUGCAUAUGAGGAUAUCGAUUAUCAAGGCGAGAACUGCUUGGAAUUGAGAGAAAAAUGGGCAGACGGACCCAAAAGCUAUCUCGGAUUGAAUGUCUCGGGUUUUCCAAACAUGUUCACCGUGCUCGGACCCCAUCACGCCGCCGGAAAUCUUCCUAACUCUAUUGAGUCUGCUGUUAACUGGGUUCACCGACUUAUCAAAUACAUGUCGGAAAGGGGUAUCACCUACGAAAUGGCGGACGAGGAAGGCGAGCUCAAGUGGACGAAACAUUGCAAUGAAGUCGGAAAAGGUCUUUUGGCUCUCAAUGUCGACUCCUGGCAGACCGGCGUCAACUACAAUGUGCCCGGAAAGCAGAAAAGGACAAUCCCUCGAUACUUUGGCACUAACAUCCAAGUUCGCCAGUGGUGUUCGGAUGAGGAAAGCCGGGGCUAUCCGCAUUUCAAGUUUAGUGAAUAA